AUGUCUGCACCAAACGUUUUCCGCCGCACAUACUCGUUCCUGCAACGGUCAGCACACGAGCAGCCCGCCAUCUUCUACUCGCUCGCUCUCGGCGCCGUCGGUCCCGUGCUGGUUGUGGCUGUCCCGCCGAUCCGGAAGCGGUACUUUGGGUACAAGCCGGCCGAGCGUAUUCCUCAAUCCUACCCUCUGCCGAGCCGACCAAGGCAAGCGACGGAGGGCUACGAAGACGGCUGGGAGCUCAAGGCGUAG